AGCAUGGCUUCAAAUAUUAAUGAUAAAGCGCCGGAAACAGAAAAUGUAGAUCACCUAGAUCCCGAGAUACUUGAACACAUACAAACAUGUGUGUCAAAUCCAAGACGAUACGAGAAGUUGCAAGUCAUUGUCAAAGAAAUGAUUCAGAACCCCGGAGAUUGGUUUCAACAUUAUUCAACGCUUCAAGUUAAACCUCAUCCAUGUUUAGCAGAGUAUUCAAUCGAACCCAUUGGGAGCUCAAGUGAGCAACUGGCAAUUACAGAAGUCAGCGAAGCGGGUUAUAACGAAGAGUUAGAUUUCACACUUGUCUUGAAAACAAUAACCGCAACGCAUGAUACCAUGAAAUGUAAUUCCAAAAAUAUGGCAAAAGUAACAUAUUCUACUGAAUUUCCGGGUCAUGUUUAUCUUAACAUUCAAGAUAGCGAUACGGCUAGUACGUGGAAUAACUUUUGUAACAUAAUUUCAAAUGAAAAAGGAAACAUAAAUGAAUUUUACAUAGCACCGGAAGGAAUAUCAGAUGAAUUUUAUAUGAUGAUAUGUUACCGAAACACCACUCAGAACUGGAUCCACUUCAGGAAAUAUUUGACCAUGGACGAAAAUGUUAGGCAGACAUUGAUUGAAAGCUAUGGAGUUGGAGUAAACACGAAAAACAAUGAAGCAAAGAGCGUCGAAGAUAGCUAUUUCAUGACAACCCAGGAAGGACCCGCAAUAAAGACAUCUUUUUUCUUUAAAUCUGAUAAAGCUUCGCUCCAGUUUGAUUGUGCUAUGGCGAUACACUGUCUCGAGUGGCCCACUGUUGCCGAAGAAUGGAUCGAAAGGAAGAGGAAGUCAGGAUGGCCAAGUGAAAGCAGCGUUCGAAACAUAACGUCCAAUGGGUGUCUCAUCGUACCAAAAUGUCCAUUGUCAAGUAAAACGCAUCUUGAGUGGAGGAUUUCAUUCUGUUUGGUGGAGAGAGAGUUGAUGAAACAGCUUAAAGAUGAACAAAAACAGUGUUACAUACUUCUUAAAGGUAUAUGGAGACAAUUUCUUAAACCACCAUCAGGUAAAGCAUUACAAUCAUACCAUUUAAAGAAUGUUCUUUUGUGGGAAUGUGAAAACAUUGAUGAUGAUGACUGGACAUUAAGAAAUAUUGUUACUAGAGUAAAAGGGCUCCUUGUUCGUCUCAAGAGUUACAUUGAUGAUGCUCAUUGCCCACACUACAUAGUUCCUGCAAACAAUCUGUUUCAGGACAUUGAAGAUGAUGUUUUACAUCGCACAGGUGAAAGAAUAGAAGUGUGUUUACUACAGGCCAAUGUUACAUGGAUUCAAAACAGUGCUUUAUUUUCUCUUUCGCCGGAGAAAACAAGGCUUGGAAUGCGAAGAGACAUGCUUGAUGCGUACAUUGAAUUCGUAGAAGAAAUCUGCAAAUCUUAUGUUAAUUUUGAAACAAAGUCAAGCUUUGUGAAAUUUAGCAUAUUACAUGCAAUCUUGGAAAAGGUUUCAUUGAAAGAUUUAGUAGGGAGUCUUGGACUUGAAUUUAUCAUGAAAAUGAUGGAAUUGGCAAUGAGGCUAAACGAAGGGAGCUUAAUGAGAAGGUACAUGUGUACAAGAGCUUCGCCUAUACAGUUACAGCAAGCAGCCAAAGAUGGAAUGUUAGACUUCGUUGCUAGUAAUGUUAGUGCCCUUAUGAUCUUGUCAGAACUGACCGAGGUAGUAACAAAAAUUGAAAUAUUAAAAACUCAAAAUUUCCAAGAAUAUGGUUUCCCAAAAGGAUAUGCUUCGGAUGAAAUACUACGGACAUUAGGCACUUUUAUGCAACAGUGUGCUAUUGACAAUGGUACUGAUUUUGAAUAUUACCAAGUGUUCGAAAAUAUUGAUGUAUUGAAAGAAAUAUUAAAGGAAAGUAUUGUUAAAGAAAAUGCAAAUGAAGAUUCUGAGUAUGAGGAAGUCGAAGAAAUUGUGUGUGAUAAUUGCGGGGAGGAUAUUCUUGAAACACAUUACCAUUGUACUGUUUGUGAAGAUUUCGAUUUGUGUAAAACGUGCUUUGAAUCCAGACAUGGACAUGAACACGAGUUUAUAUUGACCAAUAUGUAGUAAACCCUGAUCACCAAAAUACGAAUUAAGUUAAAGAACAAGACUAUAAGUCCUUAGUUUUCAAAUAUGUAUGCAAUGUAAAGCAGUGAAUGCAAACUAGGAAAAUACAGAAAAUACUAUAGAAAUUGAGCAAUUGCCCGAAUUUUUGGUUGAUCUUCAUUUCAUGUGAAUAAGUUAUAAAAAUCAGGUAAAUAACUGACUCAUAAACGAAACAAAUGAAUAAUUUAGAUUUCGAGGUGGAGUGAAGGCAAGAAAUGUAAAUCUUAUUUGUUUUCUUUUUUGUAAGGUAAUUCAAAUGUGUCAUAACUUCGAUUAAAACAAUAUAAACAAUUGUUUCUUAUAAAUUAUAAAAGUUCAUCUGGUUUUGUUUUUAGAUGCAAUUGUCAUUUGCAUUAGCUUUCAAUUUCUGCAUGGAGCUAAAAAUAAGACCUGAACAGCAGAGCAACUACAUCCACAGCAAUUUUUAUCAUUUUUUGUUAUAAGACGUCAUGAUUUACUUCCAUUGUAAUUAAUGCAAUUUAUUUUGAUGUUGCUGUUUAGCUUUCAGUUAUUUGAAUAUGUUUGAUAUCAAGUUCCCUCACAAUAUUUAUGAUUAAGUUCUAUCCAGAAAUAUCCAAUAUCAAGUAUUUUCAAAGUGUUCAAUAUCAAGUUCUUUCAAUAUAUUCAAUAUCCUUUGUUUUAAAUAUAUAUUAACCGUUCCUAAAUAUAUAAUAACCAUAAGUGAUUUUUAUAAUAUUACACUCAUAUAAUGUAACUAUGACUUAUCAAACAGUGUUUUUUUCUCCAAAAUGUCAUUUUUCUCAAGUCAUGUGAUAAAAGGGUGUUAAUCUGUCCUCAUGUUAAAUUUAAUAAUAUUCAACUUGUCUGAAACAUGUUAAAAAGUUAUAUGCAUUCUCAAUGUGUAUCAUAAACAUCAAGCUAGUGCGUGCAAAGAAUACUUUUAUUUUUUCCCCUCAAAUUGUCACCUUUCAAAACUGUGAAUAACAACACCUCCUUUGAUUUAGAAUUCCUGUCUAUUACAUUAAUACCUGCAAUGGUGCAAACUUUGUUAAAAUUCCAUUGGAUAUAUUUUAUUAUAAUAUACUGUACAGUAUACAGUAUAGUUGCGACAGGAUAGUCAGGGGCGUACCUUGGCUUAUUUUGAGUAUACGUCAAUUACAGUCCCCUUGGACCAAAUUGUCCUUUUUGCAUGAAGCCUGAAGUGAAGAUUGCUUUUAUAAAAUAAUUCAAAAAAAGUUAUUUACCAUUAGGUAAACCAAAUAUAGCCAAAUACCUCUAUUUGUAAUCAAGAUGGUUAACAUUUUUCCGUUUUUUUUCUUUUCUUUUUCAAUAUACCUAGACAUGAAAUCAUCGUCGGAAACCACGGUACACAUUCCGAAUAUACUACAUUUAAUACAUGUAUAAGGUAAAACGCCUGGGUUACCGAGGAUGACAUGAGAUAUAAUCAAGGAAAAUAUUGCUAUAAAACGUAUUCACCAUUACAAAACAAAACAUAGCCAGGUAUCUCUAUUCCAAUCAAGAUGUUUAAAACAACAUUUUUUUUGUUUCAUUUUUUUUUAUUUCAAAAUACCUUAACAUGAGAUAUAAUCAAGGAGCAAGGAACAUAUCGCUUUUAAAACGAUCUGUUUGACCAUAAAACGAACACAAUCGAUUAAAUGUUUCAGUGUAACAAUAAUCUAUAGCAUCAAAACCACACCUUAAAUUUA